AUGGAGAAGGGAAAGAGCAGGGAAGUGACCGUCUCAGCUCUGCAGUUCGCCUGCACGGACGACGUCUCCACUAAUGUCGCCACCGCCGAGAGGUUGGUAAGAACGGCUCAUUCAAAGGGUGCAAACAUUAUUCUUAUUCAGGAACUGUUCGAGGGAUAUUACUUCUGUCAAGCACAAAGUGAAGAACAUUUCCAGCGAGCUAAGCCGUAUAAAGAUCACCCUACAAUUCUGAGGAUGCAAAAACUUGCUAAAGAACUAGGUGUUGUGAUACCAGUUAGCUUCUUUGAAGAGGCCAACAAUGCCCAUUACAAUUCCAUAGCCAUAAUUGAUGCUGAUGGGACUGACCUUGGGAUCUACAGAAAGUCUCACAUUCCUGAUGGACCAGGCUACCAGGAGAAGUUUUACUUCAAUCCAGGAGAUACUGGCUUCAAGGUUUUCCAAACAAAGUUUGCAAAGAUUGGAGUAGCUAUAUGUUGGGAUCAGUGGUUCCCUGAGGCAGCCCGGGCCAUGGCUCUACAAGGUGCUGAGAUAUUGUUCUACCCCACCGCUAUUGGUUCUGAACCUCAAGAUGAUGGGCUUGAUUCUCGUGAUCACUGGAAGAGAGUGAUGCAAGGCCAUGCUGGAGCCAAUUUGGUGCCUCUAGUGGCAUCAAACCGCAUCGGGAAGGAAUUAAUACAGACUGAGCAUGGGAAAAGUGAGAUAACAUUUUACGGGAACUCAUUCAUAGCAGGGCCGACAGGAGAAAUAGUUGAAGCUGCUGAUGACAAAGAUGAAGCUGUUCUUGUAGCAAAGUUUGAUCUUGAUAAGAUCAAAACCAAGAGGCAUAGUUGGGGAGUAUUUCGUGAUCGUCGUCCAGAUCUAUACAAGGUGCUUCUUACUUUAGAUGGAAGUAACCCAUCUCUGUAA